AUGUCUGUUGAAGCGAUGCUCGGCGCAAGAGGCAGCUUUGAUCCCUUCGUCAGCGAGGCAAGGCCACACAUCGGACAGAUCCACUCCGCACGUCUCAUGCACACUCUGCUCGCCGGGUCUUCCUUUGCAAGUGAACAUGAGAUAGAAGUCAAGCUUGAGGAUGAUGCCGGCGUGUUGAGGCAGGAUCGUUACUCUCUCCGGACAGCCCCCCAAUGGCUUGGUCCCCAGUUCGAGGACCUCGCAAAUGCAGCACAAGUAAUCACGACCGAGGUUAACUCCACCACCGACAACCCACUUAUUGAGCCCCCUUCUGCGUCGAAUAACCACACUGGACAGGUCCACCAUGCAGGCAACUUCCAAGCGCUGGCC